AUGGCUAUGACGGCGGUGAUGAAGGAUGAGCAGGGAAGGCCGUUCAUCAUUGUCAGAGAUCAGGGAAAGAAGCAGCGGCAAUAUGGCAACGAGGCGGUCAAAUCACACAUCCUGGCGGCGCGGACAGUGGCCAACAUUGUCAAGACGUCUCUCGGACCGCGCGGCCUCGACAAGAUUCUCAUCUCGCCGGACGGUGACAUCACGGUAACCAACGACGGCGCGACGAUCCUGCAGCAGAUGGAAAUCUCGAACCACGUGGCCAAGCUGCUGGUGGAGCUGUCCAAGUCGCAGGACGACGAGAUCGGCGACGGCACGACGGGCGUGGUGGUGCUGGCGGGAGCGCUUCUGGAGCAGGCGGCAGAGCUGAUCGACAAGGGCAUCCACCCGAUCCGCAUCGCGGACGGCUACGACCAGGCAUGCGACAUUGCGGUGGCGGAGCUGGACAAGAUUGCCGACGUGCUGCCGUUUGGGCCGGACGACGUGGCCAACCUGACCAAGGUAGCACGCACGAGUCUGGGCAGCAAGAUCGUGUCCAAGGCACACGACCAAUUUGCCAAGAUCGCCGUGGACGCAGUCAUGUCGGUAGCCGACCUGGAGCGACGCGAUGUAGACUUUGAGCUGAUCAAGGUCGACGGCAAGGUCGGCGGCGCGCUCGAGGACUCGCUCCUGGUCAAGGGCGUCAUCAUCGACAAGGACUUUUCGCACCCGCAGAUGCCGUCCGAGGUGCGCGACGCCAAAAUUGCCAUCCUGACGUGCGCGUUCGAGCCGCCCAAGCCCAAGACUAAGCACAAGCUCGACAUCACCACUGUCGAGGAGUUCCGCAAGCUGCAGAACUACGAGCACGAGAAGUUUGUCGAGAUGAUCCAGCAGAUCAAGGACACGGGCGCCAACCUGGCCAUCUGCCAGUGGGGCUUCGACGACGAGGCCAACCACCUGCUGCUGCAGAACAAGCUGCCAGCCGUGCGCUGGGUCGGCGGGCCGGAGAUCGAGCUGAUUGCCAUUGCCACCAAUGGCCGCAUCGUGCCGCGCUUCGAGGACCUGACGGCCGCGAAGCUGGGCAGUGCUGGCAUCGUCCGCGAGAUGACCUUUGGCACCACGCGCGAGAAGAUGCUCGUCAUCGAGGAGUGCGCCAACACCCGUGCCGUCACGGUUUUUGUGCGCGGCAGCAACAAGAUGAUCAUCGACGAGGCAAAGCGGUCGCUGCACGACGCCCUGUGCGUGGUGCGCAACCUGGUGCGCGACAACCGGGUGGUGUACGGCGGCGGCUCGGCCGAGAUUGCGUGCUCGCUGGCGGUGGAGGACGCGGCCGUGCAGACGCCAGGGCUGGAGCAGUACGCCAUGCGAGCGUUUGCCGAGGCGCUGGACACGAUUCCGAUGACGCUAGCAGAGAACUCAGGCCUCAACCCGAUCGCAACGCUAGCCGAGGUCAAGAGCCAGCAGGUCAAGCAGCCCGGCGGCCGCGGCCGGCUGGGUGUCGACUGCAUGGGCCGGGGAUCCAACGACAUGAAGGAGGCCUUUGUCAUCGACCCGCUCAUCGGCAAACGGCAGCAGCUGAUGCUGGCCACCCAGCUGUGCCGCAUGGUGCUCAAGGUGAACAAUGUCAUCAUCAGCGGGACCGGCGAGGAUGCCUACUGA